AUUGUUUCACACAUUACUCUAUGAGAGGCCGUCGGGGAGCAAAUUCACGAUGGCCCCUCGCGAUCGCGUCGCACUCACUCGUGAAAUCCUUCCAACGCGUCACUUUGUAUCACAAAAGCGCAAUGAAAAAGAGUUUCAGUUGUGCGUCUGCGAGGUAUCGCACGUCCGAUUGGCCCCUCGAACUUUACACAGCGAUCUUUCUCACGCGCUCGCUGUUUAUCGUCGACACAAUCACCGCGCGAGCCGCUUCCAACUAAAAACCACCUCAGAUAUUGCACAACUUCAUUCUUUGAACGUCUCUAAAUUCAAUUUGGCAUUUUUUUUUUUUUGCUCCAGAAUCAGCUGCAGCUGUACCUAACGUAGUGUCCUGAUUUUGUGUUCGGCUCAUUUGAAGCCUCGCUUAUGCUCCGCCCCCUUUUUUAAAUUUUUUUUUUUAUUGUGGGGAAAAUAAAAUGUGCAGAGGUGCACGUUUUGUGGGCGAUGAAAGCCUUCCCCGCGCACUCGCACCUACUCUCUCCUCUACCCUCCCUCCCUCCUUUUUUUUUGCUCAUCAUUCAAAAACGGAGCGCUUUGUGCUGAAAUGAGCCUGAGAGGGCUGCUGCAGACGCCGAGGCGACGAUGGCGCAGCUCAAACUGAUGCUGCUCUUAUUGCACGCCGGCCACGUGUAUGGACUUCCUGUUGCAGGCAUGAGGGUGAGUUUUGAGUGCGACACUGACUUCGUGUUCACCAUCAACUGCUCCCUGAACCUCACAUCAGCACAAGAUGGCCCCCACUGGCUGACCUUUGAGAAGAAAUACGCAAACGGGGCAUACGAAUGCAUGCUGUCAAACGCCAGCGGAGGCCGCCGCUCGUGUUCCGUGUCAACCGCCGCGACCACGCCGGAGGAUUCUUCUCCCGUGAAGACAUUUGUGGAUUACGACCUGUUUCGAAUCUCGCUGUGCGGAGAAAAACGAAGUGAUGGCGCUGACAGGGGCUGCCAGAUGCUGGAUGAUAGCUACAAACCAGCGGCACAUAUCAAACCGAACGCACCGUGCUGCCUCGCCGUCAGCCACAACUCCAGCCGACGCCACUUCACCUGGAACAACACCUACGAGAAACUUCUCUUCUCCACCCUGAAGGAAAACCUCAAAUAUCAACUCUGUUUCUACAAACGAUGGGACAGACACGGCGUGAGAGUCCGUUACAUCGACACAGACAAUCGGGAAUAUUCCGUGGCUGACAGCGACCUCGAGAUGGACACGGAAUAUUGUACCAAAGUGAGGUCCGCGCCCGCAGCGGCUCCCUUUCAGGGCAAAUGGAGUGACUGGUCACAAGAGGUUCACUGGAGAACCGACUGGGCCAACGAUGCCCCAGUUGAUGGCUUCCUUUCCAAAAAUGCCAAAAAAGUCUCCCUUGCUUCAGGUGUGACGGCCACACUCGUCCUGAUUUUGUGCUGCGCUUCACUAAUAAGGUGGAGGCAAGGUGCCUUCGUCCCCACUCCAGCGCCAUACUUCCAGAGUCUAUACGGCGAGUGCCAUGGCGAUUUUAAGAGCUGGGUGGACACGCCAGCAAACAUGACCUUCACGCUCAAGCCCGAGGAAACGCUCCAAGUGGACAGCCACGAGGAAGAGAGUCCAGCGCGGGACCAUCAAGCAGGGCUGGAGUACAAAAACACGAAUCAGCCAGUACGCAAAGCUUCUCCAGCGAGAAGCAUCGCGUCGAGCGUCGGUUUACCGCCGAGUGAGGAGAAGGCGCAAUGUGGGCCCAGCGGCGUUCCUCUCAUCCAGAGGGAAGCUCCCCACGAAUACUGCACACUGAGCGUCUCGCAGCAGCCCGAGCCGACCACGGGAAAGGUCACGAGCGUUGCGGUGAAACACACUGGGAGGUCAGAAUACGAUUCAUGUAACACAUUAAACACACAUGGGAAGGAUGCCUCCAAGAAAUUAAUUUGAGGCCGAGUUAGCUGUGAGGGAAGCGUGGUAAAUUUCCAUGGGAAGUUAAGAUGCGGAAUUUUGGAAAGAAGCAUAGAAAUAUUAGACUUUCAUGCAAAAUAAUAUAACCAAAAAGCUAAAUCUUUAACUGACUUCUAACUGAAACUUUAUUCCGUUUUCAAUAAUUUGAGCAAUCGAGUGAUGAACAAUAAUGAACAAAAAAAACAUGAAUGUUGAGUUAAAUAUUACCCUCCCCAACCUAUUGAAUAAAUGAAGAGAAAUUCACACCCCCAACCGAAAAGACCAAUAAACAUAAACAUGCAUUCAGCUCCACUUGCAUAAAUUAAAGCCAACUAUAUGAAAAUUCCACUUUUAAAAACCAACCUUUUUUUGGGGGGGUUGGGAAAUUCCUGGUUCAAUCCCAUUAGUUCCCAUGGAAAGUUUCCAACUUUGAAAAUUGCAGAAAUUUUGCAACCCCAGUUGGGACGCAUUUAUUCAACGUCACAGGUGUGAAACUGGAGGCCCGCGGGCCAAUUCCGAAAGCUUGACAACAUCAUGAGGAGGACAACCGUUUAGUUGCCAGCUCUAAUUGAACCAUGAAAUCUAUUGGGCCAUUUGCGGAUCAAACACCUUUAGUGAAGUUUGCCAUUCUACACCUUGUUAAAGGGCAAAUUGUGCAAAAAUACUGAAACCUUGAACAGAUUGACAUGUUCAUUCAGAAGGCUAAAAAAAAAAAAAAAAAAAAACCAGAUGGA